UGUGUCUCUCAAUUUAAUCUUUUAUUUAUGGGAAGGAAGAAGGGAACGAAAGGCCAGAAGAAAGGCUGGGAUAAAAAGCCUCGUCAGAAGCAGCAAGUUCCCAAAACGUCGUCAUCAAGUAAGAUUCUGGUGUGUAGGAGUGAUGAUGAAGAUGUGUCAAAGAAAUUGGAGGAAACGGAUACACAGCGAGAACAAGAUGCUGCUGUAGAUACCCAAGACGAGGACAACGAUUCAGGAGCUGCUGCUGCAUCAAGAAUAGGAGAGACAGAGAGCGACAUGGGUAGGGUAGUGGAAGCAAAAGACGACGAAGAAUGGUGUGAAAAUCCACCAUUCAAGGUGCCCUUUCCACUUGCAAUAUGGGAUUUUGGCGAAUGUGACCCAAAGAAGUGCACUGGCCGGAGGCUACUGAGAAAGGGGAUUGUUCGCAAGUUGCAUUUUGACCAACGAUUCUAUGGUAUUGUGUUGAGUCCCCUCGCCGACACUCACAUAUCGCCCGCAGACAAAGACCUCAUCGCACAGCUUGGCCUCGCCGUGAUCGACUGUUCAUGGGCUGAACUGAAGGCGUCGAAGUUUGAUAGAAUACGAGCUCGGAACACGCGGCUGCUGCCGUUUAUGAUUGCAACGAAUCCGGUCAAGUAUGGUACCGCGUUUACUCUUUCGUGUGCAGAAGCGUUGGCAGGCGCUCUGGCUAUUGUUGGUUUUGAGUCAUAUGCUGAGGCAAUCAUGAGUCACUUCAAUUGGGGACUGCACUUCUUACCUAUGAAUGAAGAGCCGUUUAAAUUGUAUAAGAAGUGUCGAAGUUCAUCGGGUGUGACUGUUGCUCAGUCUAAGUUUCUGAAGGAAGUGAGGGAGACCCCUGUUGAUGAUGAAUUCUUGGCGACGGACCUGAACGUUCGCGAACUCUUUGCCGAUAUUCAACCUGAUACUUACAAUCCGAAUCGAAGCAAAGUGAAAGGACCUAUUCUUCCACCGUCGUACGAUAGCAUGGAAUCAUCUUCCAACGCUGUUGUCAAACGAUUCACAGUUGGCGAUAGAACUGUGUCAGAGAGAAUAGAAGAAUUGUCUAUAGAGGAGAUAGAGGCUGAGGGUCAAAUGAGAUCUCGAGCGAGACACCACUUGGACGAGAUGAGGGCGGAGGAAAGGAUGGCCAUGGAGUCAAUGGUUGAUAACGACAGGGAAAGAAGAAAAAGAAUGAGAAUAAAGGAAUUAAUUGAUGAAGAGAAUAGACUGCUUGCUGAGGAUAGACGGAAAGAUGUGGAAAAAGCUGGACAUGGACACAAGAAUGGUAAAGAUGAUGAUGAUGAGGAUGAGGAUGAGGACGAUGACGAGAGUGAGCGGGAUGGUUUGGAAGAAGAAGAUGAAGGCGAUGGAUCGGAGGAGGAUAACGGACAAACUAACGAUACAUCCAAUCGACUCAACAGACUCGAUGCGUUGUACAGCAAAGAAGCAUACGAAGUCGAUUAACAUGAAUAGACAUUGUUUUGAACAAGUGUUGAUGUUGGCUGUUAUGUAGUCCAGUCUUGUUUCCACUGCUGUGGGCAACCAAUAAAUGAUUUUCUAUCUCGAA